GCGCCAAGCGAAUGUCCGAGAUGAAAAAGUUUUUUCCUCUUGGUUUAUAAACCAUGCAAGUACAGUUCCUUCGAUCGUAAUUCUGGCAAUGCCCUUCACUCCGUUUGCUUUCCUUCUUGCGUUCUGCACCUCUGCAGUCAGGGCUCAUUUCCGACUGCAGUUCCCGGAUCCCCGUGGAGCUUUUGUAGCUCAGAAAGAAAUCGAUUUUUGCGGUGGAUACACAGACGCGGUCAACAACAGGACAGCAUUCCCGCUUUCUGGCGGAAUGAUCUCGAUCAGUAGUGGCCACGAGAAUUUUGUUGUCGGAGUGCUUCUGUCUACCUCCCAGAAUGCCAAUACUUGGGAAGCCUUCAACAACGCCGGUGGGCAGCAGCAACUUGUCCGUAACUACGCUCGGCAACCCAGUGCAGGAACCUUUUGCAUUCCUCUGGACCUCAAUUCGACUGGCAUUGCCGGAGUGCAGGAGGGUACAAACGUCACUAUCCAGAUCGUUUACUUGGGAGGAGAUGGCAAUCUGUACCAGGUUAGACCCCUGUCUCAAACUGUUGCUGAUAGCUUAUUUUGGCUUUAGUGUGCAGAUCUGACGUUGGCAAACAAUGCCACUGUCCCGUCCUGUACAAAUCAGACUCAAAGUAGUCACGGCAGUGGAUCUUCCUCUUCGAACGGCUCAAAUGCUAACACUCCUGUUGCGGCGUUCUCGGCCUUGUUCUCGUUGUUUGUAGUCUUCGUCACUGCAUUCUUGUAAUUGGCUAUUUGUGUAUAAUAACGAUUCUCAGGAGCCUACCGACGGCUCCCACUGCUAAAAAUAGGCUCUCAAACAAAAAAGUUUUUAUACGCGACAAUAUAUUAUUUAACUGG